UCCCCUGCAUUAGCAGGCGGAUUCUCAACCAGUGCGCCACCAGGGAAGCCCCAAUUUUCUUUAUUAAUGUGGUACCAUUGAGGGCCAUGGGAAGAGAUGAGAUUUGGAUUUCUAAAUAAGUAUUCAUAUUUAUAUCCUGACUAUGAUGUGUUGGGGAGAGAUAGCCAACACUGACCUCCCAGAGUUAUCUCAUGUUUCUUCCUCAUUCGCUCACACGACAGGAUAUUUAUAACAUAACCCAACUUAGUGCCCUGGUUCCUUCUUGGCAUUUUGACGAGCUCUUCUCUAUAUAAUGGCAACCGUUCUAGGCCCAUUCGGACUCUAGAGGAACCCAGUGUGAAAUUAUUAUCAUUCCAAGUUACCUAAAGAUAGCUAGGCACUUCCGGCAUCAGGCGUUGAAGUCAUGGCUGCCUUCCUCCGAGCUGUGCCGCGGUCGCCAGGGCCAGAUGCAUGGGGAAGGGCUCCCCACGAGCUGUGGUGCUGCAGUGGGCAGGAUCCUAGGAGGUGGGUGGGAAGCAGGCCACCAGCCUCCAAGCAGAAACCACCCGGCACAGAGACAGAGACAUUUCAGAUGGUGUACCGGUUUGAUGCCAUCAGGGUUUUCGGGUACUUGUCUCAGCUGAAGGUGGCACAGACGGCCCUGACGGUGGUGGCCUUGCCGCCUGGCCUCUACUGGUACUCCCAGGGCCUCAUGACCUUCAACUCCCUGUGCCUGGCGGGCGGGAUCGCUGGCUUUGCCCUGGCCAUGUUGUGCUGGAUGAGCCAUUUCUUCCGGAGGCUGGUGGGCAUCCUGUACGUGAACGAGUCGGGCACCAUGCUGCGGGUGGCCCACCUGACCUUCUGGGGCCGGCGACAGGAGACAUACUGCCCUGUGGCCGACGUGAUCCCCAUGACGGAAAGCCAGGAUCGGCCUCAGGAGCUGUUUGUGCGGAUCCAGCAGUACAAUGGGAAACAGACCUUCUACCUCACCCUGCGCUACGGACGCAUCCUGGACCGAGAGCGUUUCACACAGGUGUUUGGGAUGCUGGACAAGCUCAAGUGAACGGGCAGGAGCCAGGCCUCCUGCAGGAAGCCUGAGGGUGUGGGCGGGGCUGAAGGAGGGGGUCGGGCAGCUGGAGACUUUGCUGGGGCCCCUGGGAACUUGUCUUUUGGGAUGAGGAAAUUCAUGAGGUAGAAGUGAGUAACUGGGUUUAGAAAGAGGCCCUGAGUGCAGAUUCUUAACUGCACUUGUGUGUGACAUUCAGAUAAUGGCCAGAAGUUUCUGUUAAGAGCCAGUUCUUGGAGGAAGAGAUGCUAAGCUCUCUCGAACAGUUUACACUGCUGUGAAAUCAAAGACAGAGAGGUGGGGGGCGGGAGCCAGAAGACUUGGGUCUGUCCGUUUCCAAAUCCCUGUCCUGGGGCAGGUUAUCAAGUCUCUCAGAACCUUGGUUUUCACAUCUUUUUUUUUUUUUUUUUUUAACAUGUUUGUUGGCGUGUAGUUGCUUUACAGUGGUGGGUUGGUUUCUGCUUUAUAACAAAGUGAAUCGGCUAUAAAAAAAAAAAUAGCUAGGCUCUGUGAGAUUGAGGAAAUAGUACGAUAAGAGGAAAACUAGUCUCACCUCUGAUUGUUCCUUCAUAACGCUCUCCGUCGCAUUGCAGGCAUGGCUUGGGGAGAAGGCUAUCUGUUUUGAUCAAGGUUGUUGGGUCACUGAAUCUGUUUCCUGCCUCCCAGCUUAAAGUCCUUGAGGAGAAUUCCAAUAACAUCUAGAGGAAGUGCUGGAAUCUAAGAAUUCUCUCUCCCAGUCCUCUUUGGGGGUAAAUCUGAGGUUUGGGUAAAAUUCUCAACACGUAAAGAUGAGUAAAUAGAAAUUCUCCUCACACAGUUUGGGACCCUAUACAAAGUUUACAUAAUUAAGACAACAGAGCCUAACAUUCAAGAAACAUUCAUACAGUUACCAAAUAUUUAUUGAUUAUCUCUCAUGUACCUGACAUUCUUCUAGAUGCUUAGAAUAGAGCAGUGAACAAAAGAAACAAAAACCCCUGCCUUCAUGGAACAUAUAUUCUGUCAGAGAGAAAAUUUUUUUUCUGAAGGAAAGAAGGAAAUUUUAAAUAACAUCUGCUCUGCUCUGUUCUUUCAAAAAACAAACAAAAAGGAUUCCAUAGCUAUCCCACUUGGAGUAUAUACCCUCAGGAGACAUUCUACAUAUGCACAAGGAGAUUGGCACAGUGAUGUUCACGAAAAGUUGUUCAUGGUAGAGAAAAUUGCAAACAACCUCAAUGUCACUAGAGAAAAGGAUAAAUGUGGUUUGUUUAUUUUAUAGCACUCUAUCACAGUGGUUUAGUGUAUAGCUCUGAGGCCAGAAGCCUGGGAUUUAAUCCAGCUGUACCAGUCACUGGUCUUUUUUUUUUUUUUCCCGCCAGCUUUAUUGAGGUGUAAUUAACACAUUGUGUAAGUUUAAGGUGUACAAUAUGUUGAUUUGAUACAUUUCUAUAUUGAAAAAUGGUUACCACCGGACUUACCUGGUGGCCAGUGGUUAAGAAUCCGCCUGCCAAUA